UGUUUUGUUUAUUUUAUUUGUUGCGAAAAACGUUUCACGGCGCGAAUUAUUUUCAGAACAUUGUCGCGGUUUUCCUGAUUUCCCUGCUUUUGCUGCGUGUUUCGGAAAAAUGUCCAACGACAAGCGUACGGUGUACGUUGGUGGCCUUUCGGAUGAGGUUACGGAGAAGCUAAUAAACGAUGCCUUCAUUCCGUUCGGCGACCUGGUGGAUAUCCAGAUGCCGGUGGACUACGAAUCCCAGAAACACCGGGGGUUUGCGUUUAUCGAAUUUGAAAGUGCGGAAGAUGCUGCUGCUGCCGUGGACAACAUGAAUGACUCGGAACUGUGCGGUAGGACCAUUCGGGUGAACAUAGCCAAACCACAGCGUAUCAAAGAGGGAAGCAACAAACCGGUAUGGGCGGAAGACACCUGGCUGCAACAGCAUGCCGGGGCCACCCUUAAAAAUGAUGCCAAGGAAGGCGAAGGGGCGGAAGGAGAAAGUGGAGAAGUUCAGCCCAAAGAAGCCAAAGCCCCGGAGGAGAAGAAACGCAAUCCUCAAGUGUAUUUCGAUAUCAGGAUAGGAAGCAACGAUGUGGGCCGGAUCAUAAUGUCAUUGCGGGCGGAUAUUGUACCGAAGACGGCAGAGAACUUCAGAGCGUUGUGUACUGGGGAGCAAGGAUUCGGUUUCAAAGGAUCGACGUUUCACCGUAUCAUUCCGGAAUUUAUGUGCCAAGGAGGCGAUUUUACCGCCAACAAUGGCACCGGAGGUAAAUCGAUAUAUGGGAAAAAGUUCGCCGAUGAGAGUUUCACCCUGAAGCAUACCGGUUUCGGUGUGCUUUCUAUGGCGAAUUCCGGACCCAACACUAACGGUUCGCAAUUCUUCAUCUGCACCGAAAAGACAGAAUGGCUCGAUGGAAAGCAUGUCGUGUUCGGUAAUGUUAUCAGCGGCGCGGACGUUGUCCGGAAGAUGGAACGGUGCGGAUCUAAAAGCGGUAAAGUUAAUCAGAAAGUAGCUAUUGUAGCGUGCGGGGAGUUGAAGGGCUAGUUCUUCGAAUAAGGUAAUUUCCUCUUUAUAAUAUGAA